AGUGCCAGCCAUGGUGAAGCCAUUUUUUUCCUGGUUAUCAAAUCAGCUCCAUCAACCCCAUACCAUCAGGUGAGAAGUGAUCACAUCUUCUUUAGCAUAAAUAAUGCUCCCAGUUUCUUGCUGAACUGGUUCUUCAUUACAAUCCCAGUUCACAUCCAAGCACCACCAUGCUUCCGGCCAACCUCUUCUUCUUCGUCGUCGUCGUUUUCAUUGCACUCGCAACCAUAGCAUUGCCAAUCUCUGCAGAGAGAUUCGACUAUCCCACUGCCAACCUCUCGACGCGGUGGGUGAACAAUGCUGCCACGCUCCAGCACAGCGUCAGCUACUCCGAUGGGUCAGCGGUGCGUGCCAUCGUCCUCCGUUCGCCGGAAACCUUCUAUGGCCCCUCCUUCGCUGCAGGGUUCUUCUGCGCUCCACCCUGCCGAGUGUUCCUCUUUGCUGUAUUCAUUGUCCAGACCAACAGUGGCGCCGGGAUCACCUUAACAGAGAACGGGAUGGCACAGGUGGUCUGGGCUGCCAACCGGGAUCUCCCUGUCAGGGAGAAUGCCACCCUUGAGCUCACAUUCAAUGGCAACUUGGUCCUCCGUGAUGCUGAUGGUACCCUAGUCUGGUCAAGCAGCAGCUCCGGCCAAUCUGUAGCUGGCAUGGAGAUCAAUGAUCUUGGUAAUCUUGUUCUGUUUGAUCAGAGGAAUGCAACAGUUUGGCAGUCAUUUGAUCAUCCAACUGACACACUCCUUCCUGGGCAGUCACUGAUGGAUGGCAUGGCGCUCAGAGCAAACAGCUCUCUGACAAACUCGACUGAGAAUCAGGUGUACAUGACAGUUCGACCAGAUGGAUUGUUUGCUUAUGUUGAGUCCACACCACCACAACUCUACUAUUCUCAUCCAGUGAGCAUGAACAAGAGCAGAAAAGAUCCAACCAAGGUUACCUUCACCAAUGGGAGCCUCAGCAUAUUUGGGCAGUCAACACAGCCAAGCAAUAUAUCAUUACCACUAGCCAAGUCUGCUCAGUAUAUGAGGUUAGAGUUUGAUGGGCACUUGAGGCUGUAUGAAUGGUCUAAUUCAGAAGGAAAGUGGACCAUGGUGUCUGAUGUAAUCAAGGUAGUCCCUGAUGACUGUGCUUUCCCGAUGGUGUGCGGGAAGUACGGGAUAUGCACUGGUGGGCAGUGCAGCUGCCCUCUUCAGGGCAAUUCUAGUUUAAGCUACUUCAAACCAGUGGAUGAGCGAAAGGCAAAUCUGGGUUGUGCACCAUUGACACCAAUCUCUUGUCAAGAAAUGCAAAGCCAUCGGCUCUUGCUCUUUGCUGAUGUUUCUUACUUUGAUGUCAGCCACACCGUUUUGAAUGCAACAAACAGAGAUGACUGUAAGCAGUCCUGCUUGAAGAAUUGCUCCUGCAGGGCUGUUAUGUUCAGGUAUGGCCAGAACGAUUCUGAUGGCACAUGUUUCUCAGUGUCGGAGGUAUUCUCAUUGCAAACGAUACAACCUGAAGCUCUUCAUUUCAACUCCACUGCUUACAUCAAGGUGCAGCUUAGCCCCUCUGCUUCUGCUUCUACGGAGAACAAAACGAAGACAAUUUUAGGUGCAACAAUUUCUGCAAUUCUUAUUCUUUUACUGGUUGUCACAGUUGUCACUGCAUAUUGUGUACGAAGGAGGAAGUAUCAAGAGGUAGAUGAAGAAUUAGAUUUUGAGCUAUUGCCUGGAAUGCCAGUGAGGUUUUCAUUUGAAAAGUUGAGAGAAUGCACCAAAGAUUUCAGUAAAAAGCUCGGCGAAGGAGGAUUUGGAUCAGUUUUUGAAGGGAAAAUAGGCGAAGAGAGAGUUGCAGUUAAACGUCUGGAAAGUGCAAAACAAGGAAAGAAGGAAUUCCUGGCAGAGGUCGAGACCAUUGGCAGCAUUGAGCACAUCAAUCUAGUCAGGCUGAUUGGAUUUUGCGCAGAGAAGUCAAACAGGCUUCUCGUAUAUGAAUAUAUGCCAAGAGGGUCACUUGAUAGGUGGAUCUAUUACCACCAUAACAAUGCCCCUCUUGAUUGGCACACCAGGUGUAGGAUCAUUCUGGAUAUUGCCAAGGGCUUAUGUUAUCUCCAUGAGGAAUGCAGGAGAAAAAUAGCUCAUUUGGAUAUCAAACCCCAAAAUAUUCUCUUAGACGAGAACUUCAAUGCCAAAUUGGCUGAUUUUGGACUUUCCAAGCUAAUUGAUAGGGAUCAAAGCAAGGUGGUGACUGUGAUGAGAGGCACACCGGGAUAUCUGGCACCUGAAUGGCUAACAUCACAGAUCACUGAAAAGGUCGAUAUCUACAGCUUUGGAAUUGUUGUCAUGGAAAUAACAAGUGGGAGGAAAAACAUCGAUAUCUCACAGCCUGAGGAAAGUGUCCAGCUCAUCAAUUUACUGCGAGAAAAGGCUCAAAAUAAUAAGUUGACAGAUAUAAUCGAUAAGCAUAGUGAUGACAUGGUCUCACACCAUGAGGAGGAAGUGAUUCAGAUGAUGAAGCUCGCGAUGUGGUGCUUGCAAAACGACAGCAGCCGAAGGCCUUCGAUGUCAAUGGUCGUCAAGGUAUUGGAGGGUGCAAUGAGCGUGGAGAAUUGCCUAGAUUACAGCUUUUUCAAUGCAAAUUCAGUAAUGUCUGGUCAGGAUCAGGACAACCCACCCGCAUAUUCAGCUCCACCUCCUCCAUCGAUACUAUCUGGUCCAAGAUAAACUGGGUGGCUAAUGAGCACAAGAAAAUCCACCUUCGCAUGCACUUUGCUAUCUGUAAUUACAAUCUAUCGUAUUUGUUCUUUGGUAUAUAUAUAUAUUUCAUCAUGCAUCGGAAGAAUUACUACUUUCUGAUCAAUAAAUAUGUUGGAUU